AUGUAUCCGCCCAAGGAUGAUACGUCGAACAUCUACGAAUUUUCACCGGAGGAGCUCGUCGAUAAAGCCCUCAAAACGCUCCAGAAUGCGGGCAUCGAGCUUAUCGAAUGGUCAUCGCUCUUGCACAGACGAAUGAACGUUCCGGUUAUCAUCAAGAACUUCUCCUACCUGGUUCCUGACGACAAACUGGACGCUGCGUCGAAGCUACUUGCUGACGGCGAGGGGCUGCCUCGUUCCCAGCCGCCGCCCCUCCUCAUACGGACCGGGGGGGACUUCUACAAGAAGGCGCGCAUGUACCGCGUUACCCGGUAUACCUCUCUUGCUCUCGCGCAGCACCUCAUUCUCUACCCUGCUUCCUUCGCAUCAUAUGCUCAUUCGGAUCUCUCGCCGGCACCACGGAUGACAUCGCUCACCGAACCACUCUGCCACACGGUACUCGUCCCAUCGCGCCCUGCAGUAUAUGCGUCCAUUCUGCGGACGAUGAAACUUUACCCUCGGUUCGACCCAGUGCGAAUAACCCUCCAAUCGGAUCUGUCACAACUCAUUGACUACGAUCUGUACGGGCUCGACUGCGGUUAUGUGGACAUCGACGACGACGAGCUCUGCGAGGAGCUCGAAGUUGAUCGACGAGUGGAGGACGCCAUGUGCCUUGUCGAACAGUGGCGGCGGGCGGAUGCUCUCCGCGACCAGGAAGGCUGGGUCGGCGACGCGCUGUUCAAGGUCGUUUCAGGUCUGUGGAGUGUGGAGGAUCUACCAUGGAGCCGCCCAAGGGGUUCGUGA